UUAACGCAGCCCGGGUCAUGGCAAACUGCGCAUGAGUAUACAGCCGGCCGCCGCUGCAGGCGCGCACGCUCGGGACGGUGGAGAUGGCGGAGCGUGGUCCCGGGCUCUUCGCGGAGGGCAUCAGGACGGCUCUGGAAGCUUGGCCCGCCUUCCAGGUGGCCUUGGAGAAUGGAUUCGGGGGAGCUCACAGCCAACAGAAAGCUGCCUGGAUGGUGACUGCAGUCGAGCAGUAUUUCCAUGACAACGCUGACCUGGAGAGCGAGGAGGUAGAGGAGCUGUUGGCAGACAUUCUGGAUAACGAGUUUGACACGGUGGUAGAGGACGGCAGCCUGUCUGAGGUGGCUCACCAGAUCUGGAGCACCUUCGCCCUGUGCCAGAGGGGUCAGGAGUCGGAGGUGAGGGCUCGCAUCCAGCAGCUGGUGGAGAGGAGGGACCGUGUGCGGGUGGAAGUGGUGCCGGCCAGAGGGUCCGGGGAAGAAGCUGAGGAAGACGACAGUGAGGAGGAUGGAGCGGAGGCCAUGGACUGUGACAGCCAGGCAGCUCCUGAGCCGAGAUCCCUCUGCCCAGCAGCAGCUGAGGGGCCGAGCAAAGAAGAGGAUCCUGAUGGCUGGACUGUGGUGCGGCGGAAAAGGAAGUAGGUGGUGAGUGGAGUUUGCUCCCCAUGUGCCUCUGUGACUUGGAAAGACUUGCCCUCACACCCCUGCCCCCUGCAGCAGGAGUUCCCUGUGAUCAACCUGGAAAAGAUGGGAGCCAGAGACUCUCACUCUGCAGCCUCACAACGGAAGCACUUGCACAGUCGCAGAGCCUGUCACUUCUUCCUGUGUUUAAACGCUUCCUCGUUGCAGUAAUCAGUCAGUCCACACCUUGUGGAUUGAAGCUCCAGUUCCCAAUCCACCACCUUUAACAUACUUGGAAACAAAUUGCAUUUUUCGACUGGCCAUGGUGUCUCAACGGGAGUUCUUCACCAGUGUGGAGCGAGACGCAGCUCCUGAAACGGGCGGAGAGCGAGAGAUGGGCAGAACAGAUGACGUUCAACCCCUGGACAUCAGCACCGACAUCCGCCUGUUCCCUGUCCAGUUCUGUCAGCAAAGCAGAGCAGCUGAAGCCAAGCCAACUUUUUAUCCCUGAUGAACUUGACUGCCACACUUCUGUGUGUCAUCCCUGGGAGGCCCAGGUCAAACUUGUAAAUAAGAAAGCAAGUUAUCAAGAACAAUACUAGGGUGAUUUGUGUUCCAGUG